GCUGAGCCAACACAAAUGAGCGAAUAUGCGCAUGUUUGCCAGGAGAAGAAGCCUUCAGUCAGGCUUGAAAACAACCGUGUCGAAGCUCGUCAGCGCGGUGAAAUGUCGAAAAGGAGCCAGCACAAAGACGAUGGGACGGCGGGGAGCAAGAAGAACAUUUCCCUCCCCGUUUCUAGAGUGAGGCUCAUCAUGAAGAGCUCGCCGGAUGUGUCUAACAUUAACCAGGACGCGCUCUUCCUCACCACCAAGGCGACGGAGCUGUUUGUGCAGCAUUUGGCGCUGAGCUCGUUGAACCAGGAAAACAACAGCUUGACUUACAGCGACCUCGCUAACACUGCAGAGGAGACGGAAACACUACAAUUUCUCACAGAUAUUCUUCCGAAGAAGAUCCUGGCCCGUGAGUACUUCAAGUCUUUGGAGGACAUGCAGGACCAGGAAGAAGCUGACCUGUGAACCAAACAUCACUUUGCUUUUGUCCUGGAAAGCUUUUACAAUCACUUACCAGCGUUAUGUUAGCACUAGCAUGUUAGCAAUAACAUUUUAGCGUUAGCAUGUUAGCACUAGCAUGUUAACUGUUAGCAUGUGAGCACUAGUAUAUUAGUGGUUAGCAUGUUAGCACUAGUAUGUCAGCUGUUAGCCUGCACAUGCUAGCUGUUAGCACUAGCAUGUAAGAUAUUAAAAUGUUAGCUGCUAGCAUGCUAUCAUUAGCAUGUUAGUGGUUAACAUGUUAGCAUUAGCAUGUAAGAUGCUAGCACUAGCAUGUUAGCUGUUAGCAUGUGAGCACUAGUAUGUUAGUGGUUAGCAUGUUAGCACUAGUAUGUCAGCUGUUAGCAUGCACAUGUUGGUGGUUAACAUGUUAGCACUAGCAUGUUAGAUGUUAGAAUGUUUGCUGUUAGCAUGCUUUUCAUUAGCAUGUUAGUGGUUAACAUGUUAGCAGAUAGCAUGUUUAGCACUAACAUGUUAGCUGUGAGUAUUAGUAUGUUAGCAUUAGCAUGUUGGCAUUUUAGCUGUUGGCAUGUGAGCACUAGUAUAUUAGUGGUUAGCAUGUUAGCACUAGUAUGUCAACUGUUAGCACGAACAUGCUAUCUGUUAGCAUGUUAGCACUACAAUGUAAGAUAUUAAAAUGUUAGCUGCUAGCAUGCUAUCACUAGCAUGUUAGUGGUUAACAUGUUAGCACUAGCAUGUAAGAUGUUAGCACUAGCAUGUUAGCUGUUAGCAUGUGAGCACUAGUAUGUUAGUGGUUGGCAUGUUAGCACUAGUAUGUCAGCUGUUAGCAUGCACAUGUUAGCGGUCAACAUGUUAGCACUAGCAUGUAAGAUGUUAGAAUGUUAGCUGUUAGCAUGCUAUUCAUUAGCAUGUUAGUGGUUAACAUGUUAGCAGAUAGCAUGUUUAGCACUAACAUGUUAGCUGUUAGCAUUAGCAUGUUAGCAUUUCAGCUGUUAGCAUGUGAGCACUAGUAUAUUCGUGGUUAGCAUGUUAGCACUAGUAUGUCAACUGUUAGCACGGACAUGCUAUCUGUUAGCAUGUUAGCACUAGCAUGUAAGAUGUUAGAAUGUUAGCUGUUAGCAUGCUAUCAUUAGUGUGUUAGUGGUUAACAUGUUAGCAUUAGCAUGUUAGCGGUUAGCAUGUUUAGACCAACAUGUUAGCUGUUAGCAUGUUAACACUAGUAUGUUAGCGCUUAGCAGUUUAGCACUAAUAUGUUAGCUGUGAGUACUAGCAUGUUAGCAUAUUAGCAUGUUAGCAGUUAGCAUGUUAACACCAGCAUGUUAGCUGUUAGCAUGAAAGCAAAACAAACAACUUGGCAUCUUCAAAGAUUGUGUGCGUUAAAUUGCUGCAAACAAUUGAAAAAGUGUUUUAUUGGCUGUAAAAUAUAAAAGUUAUAUUUUCCCACGUCUUACUUCCUGUUAUGUUGCUGAUUAAACGUUUCCCAACAUGC